ACGUCAGCGACGGUUCGUAUCAACAAGUAGCGCUUGCAACCUGCGAAGAGCCAAGUUCAGGAAAUGCCAAUUCUCAGAUUACUGCUGGUUGGGUGUCUAGUUUGCAUGCAAAGCAUGCUUGCUCUUGCAUCAGACAAUAAAAGUCUGUUGACGGAAGAUAUUAUGGCAUCUCAAAUUUGCAAUGGAAUGUAUGCCAAAAAAGGGAAAUCUUCAGAAAUUAAACUAAACGUCGACGAGCUUCAAUCUAGCUUUGACGGUGCCAUUCGUUUGUUAAUAUUUAAUUGGAAAGAAGUUGAUGCAGUGGGUUUGGUUGGUGAAAAUAAGGAACGCCAUUACAUCUGCGACUAUCCUGAAAUAGAAGCCGAUAUGUGUACGGAAGAACAGUACGGACUUUAUUUAGUUGAUGAAGUUAAACCCCAUAACUCAAUUUUCUCUGACUUUAUAAACGCCAAAGCGUUGGAUUCACCUUUUGUCUAUCCCGUGGCUGAAACAGGUUUAUACUGUGUUUUUACUGCACCAUUGGAAGGUGAUAAAGAAAUGUACACUAUUAGCGUUACUUGGGAAAACUAUUUUGGUGAGCUUGAUGCUACAGAAUAUCCUCAUCUGUUUUUGAACCCCAUCUUGCUUAUUUUGAAUGUGCUUGUAGCUAUUUGGUGGUCAUUUUCUGUAUUUCGCUUCAGACACGACCUUUUGCAAGUCCAAAAAUAUAUAUCAGGAGUGGUUAUACUUUCUUUAGUAUGUGGUUUCGUGUCUUCUGGAUACUUCUUCUAUGCCAAUGCAAAUGGCUAUACCAAUACAAGCAAAGGAAUUGCCUUCAUUUUAUCAAUUUUUCAGGCAGCUCGUCAAUCCUAUUUUGGAUUUCUCGUUCUAAUUGUCUCCCUGGGUUAUUCGAUCGUUGUUCCAACCCUUGGUAGUCUUCUUCGAAAAUGCCAAAUUCUUGGAGGUCUUCAAUUCGUCGCUUUAAGCUUCUUCCUUACUUCUUUGUUUGUGAGCCCAAACAACCAAGAGUCUCUUGUCCUAAUGAUUGCUGCACCUAUCUUUUUAUGCACCAUUUUCGCCAUGUUUUUCUGGAUUGUUUUGGCUUUGAAUAAUACAAUUCAAGAUCUUCGUUUGCGUAAGCAAACUGUGAAAGCUCAAAUGUAUACUCGUUUAUGGGUAGUUAUCUGCUUUGGUAUAAUUGCCUACGGAGCAAUUGUUAUUGCUAAUGCUGUAUUAAUUGGGAUCAACGGUCAAAUGAACUACUAUUUGAAGUACUGGAAAUUACUUUGGUUUUUAGAUUACGGUUAUGCUGAUAUACUUUCUUUCUUUUUGAUGGUAACUAUCUUGUAUAUUUGGAGACCUACGGAAAACAAUCGUCGUUUUGCUAUGAGUGAACAAGUAGCCCAAGACGUUGAUGAAUUCGAAAUGACAUCCUCAGUCUCUCACGAAAGUUUGCCCAUGUAUCAAGAACAGUCUACUUCGGAAGCUCAGCAUGGCGCGAGGACCGGGAAUGCAGAUGAGCAUCAAGCUCUCUUUGCUGUGGACGAUGAAAGUGAUGAAGAAACUUCAUAUCGUGUGAAUGAAGACAAACAAAAGCCUGUUUAGAUAUGUGGUCCAUUUUUACACUUCGGACGUCUGCAUGCCUAUAUUUAAUUCGAAUAUUAGAUUUCUUUUUCGACUUAUUAUGAAAAUCCUAGAUGCCUUCAUAUUUUUCCAUAUUAUAGUUAUUACUUUUAAAUAAAAUCUCUUUCAUUAAUAGUAAAAAAGAUUUUACUAGAACAAUA